CUUAUCCUGGACUGUGACCCUCUGUCCUUUACACUGUACUACGCUAUAUCCCUCCGAAAUUUCCCACCCGGAGAUAUACCUUUCAUCAGUGCUCGUAUGUAUUCUCACCUUUCGUGUGUUGACAUUGGUUGAUUGAAAGAUACCAAGAACAUAAGACCAACGUAAGCAAUUAAGCUUCAGCACAAACGAGUGAAGAACUAGGAGACUUGCCAACAACCAACUUGCGGACCUCAACAUUGCUCACCCGGUGUUCUCAUCAUACCUGUGCAUUACUCCAUAAGCACCGACCUACAGCUUGGAAUGGUUUACCUCAGAAUGUUAUCCUUGUAAUUUUCAUGGAAUCGCAAUCAAGUUCAUGUUUCAAUCGGUGUAGAAACUUCUCCGCGCCUUCUACCGAUCCCAUAACAGUCCCCCUUGUUGGAGAGCCUGCACGGCAAACCGAUGAGCAUUCUGCACCCUCCCCUGUGGAACCCAUACGGUUCCGUCGUGCAUCUUUCUCCCUUUCCGGGGAACGGCCAACGGCUUUGGAUGAUUUAGUCGACUUGGCUUCGUUACAUGCUGCUAGUGCGGCGGCAACCCGUGAGGCGGCAACAAUCAAGUCACUCGUUUCACCUACUCCAGAACUCGCGGAUUCAGUCGAUACAAUGAGCAUGCUGGAUCCUGCGGCAUAUCCGCGUGCAUGUGCGGUUCCCACGGCGGCAUGCUUGUCGACACCAUCUUUUCCAUUCGCUGAACACAUCCAGUCUGGUACUACCAAUGUCACAUGGCUCGGCACUCCAUCGUCUCUGCCACAGAAGUGCUCGGAUGAAAGUGGGCGACACCAUGACGAGUUCGUAUGGUAUAACACGAAUUCAUUUCCAAGAAACCCGCUUACCUCACAGUUGGUGUUGAAGUAUUUAGCUUCGAUGGCCACUGGAGCGGCCGAACCUGAGUCCGUGAUUUCACCACCUCUUCGAUCAGCUCCAGUCAUUGGACAAAACAUCCCUGGCAUGUUGCCACUUUCCUCCUCACCACUCGACUCAAUGACUCUGCCGUCGCAGUCGUUGUAUCGUGGUCACGCUGCGUUACCAAUCUCGUCCCACAAGCUCCAACUGACCUCGCAUGGAACCCUCUGGCCAACUCGUGGCCGGUCUCCUGGGUUCACCGAGAUUUCCUCUUCUGCUGGAGUCAGUGACGCAGAGACUUGGUCAUGUUCUAAUAUGCAGGGGUACAUGUCGGAUAAUCCAAUGCUUGAAGCCACUUCAGAAGCUAAGCAACUACGAUUAAUGGGCGAGAGGCUUGAGGCAGACUUGUAUCGGUCAACCGCAUCUCUUCCCAGAUCGCCCAAGAAGAAGCGCUCUUGUUUGCGGAGUCGCGGUAUCGCAGCUGGCAACUUGUCUGCAUCCAUCUCGGGACUGGACACAGCUCCACUAUGCGACGAUAUGCACACCCCAAUGCGGGCAGAUUUGUCACGGUUUAGUGCAAGUUUUCAUUUACUCCCGACCCGAACACUCUGUACUCCAUCGUCCACUACAAGCACCGAUCGCGGUAGUCAACCUUCCGUGGACCCAUCCACGACCGCCAACCAUAGUAUCCCACGGUUUCGUUCCUUUUUAGCUCAUUUGAAGUCCCACACUUCGGAGGAGGAUAACGAAAAUUACAUUUACAUGGGCGAUGAGAUCAGAGCUCGAAGAGCGAAUGCCUUAGCUGUUAAUGUAAUUUCUCCUGUUUCCUUCUAGCCACGGCACUGCUUUGCGUUCUCCUGAUCGAUUUGGGCUACCCCGUCAUCUAUACUAUUCAUUGCGUUUCAUAUCUCAUGGCGGCCACCCUAGCACGACUGGUUUUUUUUACUUAGUAACUAUCUGGGCGUCACUAUUCACAGACUCUGACUUGGUCCUCCUACCUUUGCGUACCUUGCUUUUUUCAUUUUUUUGAUUCCACAUGUUGUCCUUCUGCUUCAUCAGUAUUUUCCAUGUUUCGCCUUUCUGAUUGUGUUCAUUUUUUCACUAAAAUCAUCUAAUUUGCGCAUUUAUCUCCCAUUCGCCAAUUAUUAUCAAGCGAGCCGCGUGUAAUGUUUACUAUUUUCAUUCUUACCCACCUGAUUCUAACUUUCCGCGUGCCGGCAUAAUUACUUAACUCCCAGUUGUCUCUUGCCAUUUCUACACGCCGGCCAUGUGCUUUACGUACCGAUUUCGGGGUUCUGCGAUAGUCUGUGACGUUCCAGAUGUAAGUUGCAU